GUAAAAUCUGCUCACUUAUGCCCAAUAGCUCCUAGAAAUGUCCCUUAAACUCUGCUAUGACCUCCUCUCCCCACAAUAGAGUAUGUUGGGCCACCUCUAAAGUUUGAUUGGCCCGCAAAGCUUGCUCUGAAAAUGGGAGAGCCGCCCCGACAAGUAGACUACGUCAGACGCGAUCCGCCCACCAGGCACCAACGAAUCUAAUCUAAUGCGUUCCACUUCGUGAGAGCUAAUUUUAGGCCUAUUUGAAUGCUACUCCCUUCUCCCUCAUCUUCAGCAGAACACCGACAAAGAUCCAAUUUUCCGGCCAUGGCAGCGGCGAAGAUCUGCUUCCAGCGGCCGGUCGAUUCACUCCGCCGCAAGCUGAAAAAGCCCCUGUUUAAGGGAGACGCCAGGGUGCGCCGCCGCCGCGGCGCUGGGUGGUGGCGGAGGUCCGCCCUCCUCUUCUGGAAGCAGACCCAUCAGGGCACUAGGGCAGCGGGGAGUCCAGCGUGCGGUGGCGCUCUCAUCCCACGCAGUUGUGGCCCGUGUACAUCACUGAGAGCAGCAGCGACGCCAGGAAGCCGAGGGCGGUGAUGCUGCUGGCUGCAGCGGAGGUCGGAGCGGCGGUCGCGGCAGGGGUGGCCUAUCGGAGACCAGUCGGCGGCACCAGUCUACAUCCUCACCUGAAUGAAUCAAAGAUCCUUCCUUCUUCCCCUUCUCUGGAAUUAUCAAAAAGAUUACUUUUUUUUC